AUGACUCAAAGUAAUAAGAAUUUACUAGCUCCUUGUACAAGAGACUACACAAUAAAUUUAAGCAAGAUGGUCCAUAAGGUAACUUUCAAAAAGAGAGCACCUAGAGCAAUUGAAGGUAUCCGAAAAUUUGCAGGACGCAUAAUGAAGACAUCUGAUGUCAGGAUUGAUAUUAAAUUAAAUAAGUUUAUCUUUAGUAAAGGUAUUAGGAACUUGCCACCACGUGUACGUGUUCGUAUUUCAAGGAAACUUAGUGAGACGGAAGAUGCAAAGGAGAAUGUAUUUACACUUGUUCAAUAUAUACCUGUUGCAUCAUUUGCUGGCCUUCAGACAGAGAAAGUUCAGGACUAA